AUGGCGGCCCCAAACCACGCCCGGGCCGUCGAAGGUCGUGUCUCGGGCCAGUCAAACGAGCCAUUGUCCCUCUCUCCACACUGCCUAUCCUCAGCCCAAGUCGCCCAGGAACUACAGACCGAAGUCAAAAAGGGCUUGAGCUCCUCCGAGGCCGCUGCUCGCUUGGACAAAUAUGGCGCUAAUGAUCUCGGCAAGGAAAAAGGGGUCCAACCCCUUGAGAUCCUUGUGGCCCAGGUCGCCAAUGCCAUGACCUUAAUCCUUUUGCUCGCGCUUGCGGCGUGUUUCGGUAUCCAGUCGUGGGUGGAAGGCGGCGUGCUAGCAGGUUUGAUUCUCAUCAACGUCGUCAUCGGCUUCCUCCAGGACCUCCAAGCAGCGAGGACAAUCGCUUCCCUUAAAUCGCUGAACGCUGCCACGGCACGAGUCGUCCGAGACGAUGGACUCAUCGCCACUGUCGACGCAACUAAGCUGGUACCGGGGGACAUCAUCGAACUCAAGGUGGGAGACAGUAUCCCGGCCGACGGACGUCUUAUCGAAGCUGUCAACCUCGAAGUCGAUGAAGCUCUCCUCACAGGCGAGAGCCUCCCGGCUCGCAAGUACCCGGAUGAAGUGUUUGGCGAAGACACCGGGCCCGGGGACCGCUUGAACGUCGUGUUCUCGUCGAGCAUCAUUACCAAGGGCCGCGGGCGCGCCAUCGUAUUCGCCACUGGAUUGUCUUCCGAGAUAGGAGCCAUCGCCGCUGCACUCGGCGACGAGGGAGGUAAGAAGCGGAAGCUUGCGCGCGAUGAAAAUGGCAAGGCAUCCAUCGCAUCCUACCUAUCGUUUGCGGUCGGGAAAACGUGGGACUGGAUCGGGAAGUUCCUUGGCCUGACGGUGGGAACGCCGCUACAACGGAAGCUGUCGCAGCUCUUCUACUACAUCUUCGGAUUUGCCGUCGUUUGCGCCAUCAUUGUCCUCGCAGCCAACAAGUUCCGAGCUCGAAACGAUGUCAUCAUUUACGCGGUCGCCACCGCGCUCGGCACACUCCCCGUUACCUUGAUCUUGGUCUUGACCAUUACCAUGGCAGCAGGGACUAAGGUGAUGGUGCAGCGCAACGUUGUUGUCCGAAAUAUGCGAUCGCUGGAAGCUCUCGGGGGGGUGACCAACAUUUGUUCAGACAAGACGGGCACUCUCACCCAAGGAAAGAUGGUGGCACGGAUGGCGUGGAUUCCCAGCUUUGGUACCUAUGUUGUCGGUCCAAACGAUGACCCGUACGACCCCGAAACCGGCACCGUGAGGUUCAUUGAGUCUGAGCCACGCGAGAUAGACAACGAAGACAACGCACCGCCUAUCACACCUAGGGAUGAAACGCGUGCCUCCGUCCAUCAUUACCUCGACAUUGCGUCUCUCGCUAACCUCGCCACCGUCAAGCGAGUCGACAACGAGGGUUCAACAUCGUGGCAAGCAAACGGCGACGCGACCGAGAUUGCUAUGCAAGUGUUCGCAACUCGAUUCGGACGCCCUGGUUACGGGGCUGGUGCCUCGGAAUCGUGGGGCCAACUAGCCGAGUUCCCUUUCGACUCGUCCAUCAAGAAGAUGUCCGUCCUCUGCCAGCACCGAGACACCGGGCAAGUGCGCAUUUUCACCAAGGGGGCUGUCGAGCGCGUACUGGCCAGCUGCUCAUCCAUCUCAAUCCCAUCAACCGCCGGCGACGACGGCGAUACCACCACGGGUCUAACAUCGGAGAUUCAAAACGUCAUCUUGCAAAAUAUGGAAGCUCUCGCCCGCCGCGGCCUCCGUGUACUGGCACUGGCUAGCAACUCGACAACAGACGGCAACAUCCAUCCUGUUUCGGCCGACGACGCUCGCCGAGGCCUCCUCAAACGCGAAGACUACGAGACCAACCUUACUUUUCGCGGCCUCCUCGGCAUCUACGACCCGCCACGGCCCGAAUCCCGACCUAGCGUGUUUAAGUGCCACCAAGCGGGUAUUGGCGUGCACAUGCUGACGGGUGACCACCCUGAAACGGCACGCGCCAUCGCCAUCGAAGUGGGUAUUCUACCUGCGAGGAUGGACAUGAUCAAAGCGGACCUCGCCGAGCAGAUGGUCAUGACGGCCCACGACUUUGACCGACUGACCGACGAUGAGCUUGAUGCCCUUGCCGAGCUCCCGCUUGUGGUGGCGCGAUGUGCGCCGAGCACCAAGGUCAGGAUGAUCGACGCCCUCCACCGCCGAGGCAAAUACGUCGCCAUGACAGGAGACGGUGUGAACGACAGCCCCAGUCUGAAGAGAGCCGAUGUUGGUAUCGCCAUGGGCUUGGGUGGCAGUGAUGUGGCCAAAUCCGCGUCAGACAUCGUCCUGAGUGACGACAACUUCGCCAGUAUUCUCAACGCGGUGGAAGAAGGCCGGCGCAUAUUUGACAACGUACAAAAGUUUAUGCUCCAUGUUCUGGCCGCGAACGUAGCCUUUGUUACCACGCUGUUGGUCGGGCUAGCGUACAAGGAUACCGGUGGGAUCUCCAUCUUCCAGAUUACCCCCAUCGAGAUCCUAUUCAUGUUGCUCGUUGCCGGUGCCUUCACCGAAACGGGGUUGGGGUUCGAAUCAGCCAGUAAACAUAUUCUGCUCAGGCCGCCGCAAAGUCUCAAAUACGGCGUCUUCACCCCCGAGUUUCUCUCUGACAUUGCUGCAUAUGGCAUUAUCAUGGCCAUUUGCCUGCUCUCUUCGUUCAUCAUCGUCAUAUUUGGCUUCUACGGCGGCGAGUUCGGCCACGACUGUAACCUCCGGUACUCGCCCUCGUGCCUCGGCGUCUUCAAAGCCCGAUCGACCUGCUACACAGCCAUGAUGUGGAUGUUUGUUUUCUUUGCCUGGGAACUCGUGGAUAGCCGGCUAUCGUUUUUCGAUGGUGCCAUCCGCGAUAUCAAGGCCUGGGCCAAGCGCCUAUGGAAGAACACGUUUCUGUUCUGGUCUGUGGUGGUCGGGUUCCUUGGCGUGUUUCCCACGCUGUAUAUCCCCGUACUAAACCGGCGCGUAUUCCUCCACGAGGGUAUUGGCAAGGAGUGGGGAGUUGUCUUUGCCGUGACCAUUCUGUUCUUCCUUGGGGCAGAAUCGUGGAAAUGGGCUAAACGUGUCUAUUUCAGGCGCAAAAACGUCAUGCAGAAGAAGGGGGCUGCCAUGACCGAGGAGGACUUAGAAAAGAGGGCGUUUGAGAGAUUUUACUCUUCCGACAGCGAGAUGUCCAUGGAGAAGUAG